AUGUCCAUCGCGCGUGCCUUCACCACCAGGCGCAAGCUGGACUCUCCCCCAGACUCCUCUGCUCCUCCUGCUCGCUCUCAGAGCACCCGCAAGGGUCCAAUCCAACGCAGCCAGAUAUCCAUGCCUGUAGCCCUCAUCUCCACCACAAACAUGCUCUCCUACAAUGCUCCUGACAUUGAAGGCUCCCGUCAGCGAUCCGCAACCCUGACUACCUCGACAACCUCGACCUCCUCCUCUCGCACAUCCCAAGACUCCGACUCGCGCUCGUCCGCUUCAAGCACACAGGACACUGAUGCCUCUUCGCUGGGCUCUUCGCCCGUAUCGCCAAAUCCCCCGAAAGGGAACCAUCUGUCGGGCUAUUUCUCUGCCGCCAACAACAAGACCGCAAUGCUUCCGACGCCUACCAUACCCUCGGAAAUAUCCUCAGGAGUACAACACUCUUCGCCGCAAAGGUCCGCCUCCACCGCAAGCCUUGCACAGAAGAAGCUGUCGGUUGCAGACGAUCCGAAACCUGCAGUCCCCACCCGCGCCUUGUCGCACAGCAGAGCCUCACAUGAAUUCCUGGCCCGUCAACGUUCACUUCGCAAUUCUGCAUCGUCGCCGCGUCCGACAAGAGACUCCCGCGAGCAGCGCGCCUCCGUCGACAUCUUCAACGCUGCCGAUGACCCCAUGCAUCCCUUUGGCAAGGAGCUCGAGGAACUCAAGGAGGUGGCUGAGGAGCUUGGUGGUGCCGUCAAUGAGGCUGUCAACAACGAGGAUCUCACUUUUAUGCUAAACAACAAGCUGGCCAAGUUUGAUGCGGCCGACUAUCUGUGCGAAAUCCAGCCCUUGUUCGCCGGCCUCUUCCACAAGCAGAUUGUUGCUCUCCAGACCGGUUGGAUAUAA